UGUAUAUUGAGGACAGUGUGAUACCGGACAAAAUGUUCUCGCUCCUAGAGUUCUGAUUACAAGAAACUGACUCGGAAAGUAUUGCUUGAUGAAAACGUUAUUUAACUUCAAAACUACCAGAAAAAGUCAUACAGCCUGUACCAUUUAAUGUCCCGCUCACAGCAAAAAUACAACAGUGUGUUUUGAUUGACUGCAUGCGUUAAAUAGACAACACUGUCACGUUUCGUGUGUCGAUUCUUUAUUUUGCUUCCAUCAUGCAUGUAGUGCUCAGAAUGUAUUGCAGAUGGCGUUCGCGAAUAAUGACAUUCGUGUGGAGCUCCUUCGUAAUAGUUCCACUGAUGUCCACCAGGCCUCGUUUGGCUUACUUACUUACUUACAAUAAAAAUAGACCAAACUUUUUUGGACAUCUUGCAGAAGGACCCACGGUCUUCUCAGCUGUGAAAAUAUUGUGUGGACUGUUAAUGCAAUGUACGCUACCGUAUCAGGAGCUGAAAGGGUGUUUGUUUGCGCAAAGAACAUCAAUGACGUCACCAAUCCGCCGCGAGCCGCGAUCUUUGACUCCGUCUGGGUCAAGGUUACGUCCCAUUGUUCAUGAUGUCGUAUGGUAUUUAUGCAAUGCAACCGAGUGUUGUUGGGCUCAUAGCGUAUAUACAUGUAGAUAUCGGUCCGAAAUAUGUAACAGAGAUAGAUUUUAUGCCUAAUGAGAUGAAGGCCGCUGCAGCGAUCGUCGGAUCGGGUCAAAUGUUUGAUUGAAGAAUUCCAUGGAAGUGAUCCCAACCCUUUACUUCUCUGAAAGAGGCCCCUCGGACUUGUAUUUUCUCAGUGACUGGGAUAAAGUCAAAGAACGGAUCACCCCGGCAUAUAAUAUAUAAUAUGCGGACUAACCGCACUGCUCUCACGUUCUUGAUAAUCAUUUUGAUGAAGGAGUGGCCAGGAAUCAAGUUUAUGCAUGGAACAGUAUAAGCGGGCCCUCUCGUCCAAGUGUUCAUUAGGCCGAAUCCACCUUACUCGUAUGUGCCAGACUUUUAAACAUGAAAUGAGAUGAAAGUGUAAAAAAGUAGGCUUAAACGCUGGUCGUGCGAGAUCCCCUUUGAAAGACAAAAGUAAGUUGUUCUUAAACAUGAAAAACUAAACAUGUGCUUCAAUAUUUAGUUGAGGCGACCAGUGUUUGCUCGAGGGUUAUCAUGCCCAGUCCGCAGUGCCGAAGGUUCCCCGUCGAUUAUCUGCAAAUGCAAUUAUCACAGCUUGAAUGGUUUGUAUGCAUGAGCACUGUGUCACCAUUAUUUAUCGACAUCGAGCGCAGUGGUGAAGUGUGUGCAAACUACACCUGUAUACAAUGGAAAUAAAUGUAUGGAGGAACCGAAAAUGGAAGUUAGAAUCAACAAAUCACUGGACCACGGCUGGUCUUGGAUGGUGUUGCUCGGAUGUUUUUCGAUAUUCUUCCUCGUCCAAGGAAUUGACAAAUGUAUGGGACUGAUCUACCUCGAGCUCCUUGAGAAGUUGGAAGGGAGCGCCUCUACCACGGCCUGGGUCAUUGCAAUAGCUACUGCGGGCAGGCUCAUUGUUGCCCCUUUCACCAGUGCCCUUUGUAAGAGAUUUGGGUGCCGCAUCAUAAGCAUAGUUGGUGGGUUGAUCGCCUCUGUGGGCUUGCUGCUUGGAUCUUUCCCUAUCAGUAUCCCGUAUGAGUUUUUCUCCCUCGGUCUGUGCUAUGGUCUCGGCACUGGGCUCUACUACCCGUGUGCCCUGAUCAUGACCGUCAAAUACUUUGACAAAAGACUUGGCCUAGCUGGAAGCGUCAGCGCCUCAGGAGGAGGCUUGGGAAUGAUGAUUUUUCCGCCACUAUUUGAUUUUCUCAUUUCCACGUUUGGGUUCGGUGGAACACUUUUUGUCCUCUCAGCAAUUAAUUUACAUGUCGUAGUAGUGGCUUUACUCUUUCGGCCUCCAAUUAUAGUAACGGCCGAGGAAAACGAAGCUCCAAUCGAGCAAGAUGGUCUACUGAACGGUGGAAUUUGUGAUGAGUCAAAGUUUCUUUCGUCAGACGAAGGGAGUGACCCGAAUGGUGCUAAGAAUGAUUCUGUUGUUGGAAGGACAAUAAAAUCACCAACUGUGGACAAUCAGGAAGUUUUUAUAGCGAAGGCUGCAACGAGAGGAGCAGAACGCAACAACGCGAAUAUACAUAGUUUUUCUCACGGCGCCAUUGAAACAGACGAUAUAUUUAAUUGUGAGAAAGAUACAUGUACAAAAAGCAUGUGUUCCUGUCCGGAUUUAGUUCGUGAAUGCUCAACAAACGAAGCUAGUGACGCCUGUAUUCAAGUUGGUGAAGGCAAAUUCACAACGAACCAAUCUGCACAAUCGUCAAACGAUGAUUUGGGCAAAACUUCAGGGAGAUGUUGCACCAAGAGACCAGCUUUCCUACCGGACCUCUCCCUGUUGAAAUAUCCCGGGUUCUGGAUGUAUCUAGGCCAGACCAUGCUGGUAGGAUUCGCACAGCUCUCCUUCAUGACAUUCUUCCCUGCGCUUGCAAAGGAACGUGGUGCCACUCUAUCGGACGCUGCCAUGCUGUUAACCGUCUCGAGCAUCGUAGACAUUCCUGCCAAACUUCUCACAGGAUUUUUAGUUGAUAGAAAGAUGAUACGGCCACACAGAAGACACGUCUUGAACACCACGAUAUUCCUCAACGCCAUGGUAAUAUCAUUGACACCAUUGACCUUCUCUUUCGCGAAUUUAGCCGCAGUGGGAAUUGCCUUGGGUCUGACGCAAGGGGUUUACAUCGCUCAGCUACUCGUGGUGUUUGUGGAUAUUGUUGGCAGGGAGAGACAGGCUGAUGGAUUGGGAUUGGCCAUGUUCUCUAGGAGUAUAAGUUUGCUUUGUGGGCCAUCUGUUAUAGGUUUCAUCAAGGACAUCACUAAGUCAUACAACCCCUCGUUCUACAUGUGUGGUGCAGUGGGAGCGACGGCUGGCUUCCUGUUCCUAAUACAGUUCUUCGUCCCGGUCCCCGCUUCGAAGUCGAGCAGUACCAUCAUAGAGCCAUAUGAGGAUAUCAAGCAGGAGCUGAACGUGCCGGGAGAAUUGGCCAUAUCGACUCUAUCUUUAUAGCAGGAAUUCGAUGAGGCACAUUCGCAAACGUAGCCAUCCGGGUGUAGGAACUUUCUCAGGCUACAUCACUGAGUAGGGGAAAGGUGGACACGAUCAAUUUUCACGAAGUCGUCAAAUGGCGUGUGCACAAUUCUGCUCGUUCAAAUUGUCACGUUUCACCCUUUUGUCUUAUCCUGACACAUUUUUAAACCUAUGUCAAGUAGCAAACAUCCCUGUGACAGCUAAAGUGACACUUGAAUCAUGACAGUUUAAAACAACGUUAUCCUAUGUAAUCCUGGUCUGAGACGAAGUUACAUCAACAACAGGUAGGCCCAUUGGUGCUGUUCCAAGCAACCUGGCGACUUCAAUCUCCACAAACCCCGGAGAAAGCAUGCCGAUCCACCGUCGUUGUGCGCAUAUCCAUCCUUCACCGCCGAUAACUCCCCCCGAUCGGCCAUCAGAAGGGCUGUCACUUUAUCGGUAGUCUCCCUGCAUUCCCUUCAUUUUCCACGCGUCCUCUGUCGCGACAACACUAACAUUACACUCACUCGUGGUUGUCGCACGAGACACGCACUGAAAGCCAUCAUAAUUGAAGACCAGGUGUUCAAUGAGUAACGGUUCCAGGGAUGCUGACCUGACCCAGAUGCACAGGGCAUUUUGUAUAGAAGAAGGGUAACCUGAUCCGGAGGUUGGCACUAUCAAUUCAGGCCGUCAUUCAAUUACUUUGUGUCGAGCAGUUUGAUUGGUCACCCGUUUAUGAGGGUGCGUCCGACAGAUUACCUGGCAGUAGUUAUCGGCGGUGAAAGGAGGAGACUUUAGGACCGAUAUUCACCACCGAUAAGUCGGCAUGCGGAGAAAGGGGUGUGCACCUCGCAUAGUAAACUCGGCAAGUGGGAUAGGUUUGUCAAGUUUAUGAAAAUACCAGGAAACAGCCAUUUCACGAAAGUAGUUCCAUCUGGUAACAAUCCUAGAAUUCUAGCCUGGCUAGGUGUCGUGGUGGAAAUGUCAUAAAGAGUCAAUCGACUUAUACCAGAAAAGUAGAUCGCUCAUUUUCAAAAGAGAUGCGCAUAAACGUGGCGGUGUGUCACUUUCAGUGAAAUAAAGAACGAACAAGUCAUUUCCAAAAAGCGGGCUACAUACGAUUCACGAUGCUACUUUUAUCCUUACGUCGUGUUUUCAAGUCAACUCGUGACAAGUGAAUCAUGACUGGCUAGUGGUGGUGACGCGGCCCAUCUCAUAUCGCACCUACAUAGUCUAGUGGUUGUGACACUGACCGUCUCUGAGGUUCUUGCACUUGAUUGAGCGUCUCCUGACUGUGACACUGUCCAUCUCGUCGCCGCACUUACCAACUAAUUUCAGAGAGUCUACUGGCAGUUAUAAACUUACUGCGGGGUCUCCUGCUUGCUACACAUUCCGUCUCGUUUCCGUACUUUCCAUCUUAUUAGUGUCAACUGGUUGUGACACUGUCUGUCUAUAUAGUGUCGGCUCUUGACAAAUUUAUUCAGAAUCUACUAGUUGAGCCUCUUUCAGUGUCGGUACAUGUAGUAUUUACGCUGCGAGCAGAACCAUAAAGCUUACUCUGCAUGCUAGCUUUAAUCAACUCCGAAUUAUUUCGACUCAUCAAAUCGAUUCUGAAAGUAGACUUCAUAUCGUCACGGAAUUUCUUGCAACCGAGACAGUAUAAAUAAAAGUUUAUGGCGGGGUUUAUCAUUAUACAAGUUAAAGCAAUCUCGUAUAAAACGUGCCGUAACUCACGUAGGGACGGGUCCGUGUCCUCGAGAUAUGGAUAGAUCGCAUCCCAAAAGAGGUGAUCUAACGUGAAGGGCGUGACGGCUAUGGUGAAGACCCAGGUCACCAAGAGAAGCAUGACUGUGAUCUGCCUAUCCUGGCUACGGCGGGACUUGCGCACCGAAUCGCUUCGGACCGAAUCCGAAAUCCCGAGAUUCUUCGACUCUUGCCCACGUUUCGUGACGUUGUAUACAAUUAAGACAUUUAGGAUAAGUAAACUGAACAAUGGCGUGUAAAAAACUAGAUACGUUAAGCUGUGUUGGAAGGCGAUUUCGUAGUCUGGUGAAACGAUGGCGACAUCGAAAGGACACUUAAAUUUCAAGACGUUCGCCUGCGGAUACGCGACCCUAAUGAACUGUUGCGCGUUGAAAAGUGCAGCAACCACAGCCAUUGCGAUAAUGCAUUUCUUGGAUCGACGUGGCGUGCACAGUGUGACGCUUCUUAACGGAAACCCGACAGCUAUAAAACGAUCCACUGUCAUUAAGACCAACGUCCAAUGAGAGUUCGACAUACUGAAAUAAGCCACGAAUAUAAACUCCUUGCAGAAUAUAUCGCCAUUUACCCAAAACGUGUCCGGGGUCAGUUUUAGAAGAUAUCGCUGGAAGGAAUACACCAGUAAAGUAAAUGAGUCAAAGAAAGUCAGAGCACGCAUGUAAACACAUGUCGACUGUCUUGCAUAUUUUCUAAGAACAAGAAACGAUAAAAUAUUCCCAAUUAUUCCAAUAAAAAUCAAUGUUGGCGAAACUAUCAUAUUCGUCACAAAUAUA